UAUUACGAUAUUUGUUUUUUAAGGUUGUAUUCAGUGUAGAGGCUGUAUCCUACAACAUGAAGACCCAUGAUCAUCUUGGUAAACUGACCCAGGUCAUAAACCAGCUCAAACAGGUUGAAAAGGUCGUCAUCAUUCCAUUCGUUCACAGAGAGGUUGAGAUAGAUAAAUCUGGAGUACGGAACUCAAUGUUCCUGGACGAGUUCCUUGACUUAGGAUUGAACCAGGACGGUACCGUCCCUCAGCUUCAGUAUGAACAGGUCCCUUUUAACCACCCGCUCUUUAUCAUGUACAGUAGUGGAACUACAGGAGCUCCUAAAUGUAUGGUCCAUUCUGUUGGAGGAACCCUUCUCAAGCAUCUGGAGGAGCAUAUUGUGCAAGGGAACCGAAGUACUGAGGAUACCUUGAUGUACUACACAACAACAGGGUGGAUGAUGUGGAACUGGGAGGUGACAGCUCUAGCCGCUGGUUGCAGUUUAGUAUUAUACGAUGGUUCACCUCUUCAUCCACACACAGCUGUCAUGUGGGAUAUAGUAGACGAGUGUGGAGUGACUGUAUUCGGUACAUCAGCAAAAUGGAUUGCUGUCCAAGAGGAACGUCAUCUACAACCAAGAACUUCACAUAGUCUUAAAACUUUAAAAGCAAUUUGUUCGACUGGGUCUCCCCUCGUACCACACUCUUAUGAUUACGUUUACAGGGAAAUCAAAGCAGAUGUGCUUCUGGCCUCCAUUUCUGGUGGAACCGAUAUUAUUGCCUGCUUCAUGGGUGAGAAUUCUGUACUGCCUGUAUUCAAGGGAGAGAUACAGAGCCCCCACCUAGGCUGCAGUAUACAAGCUUGGGAUGAUCUGGGAGAGAGAGUUGAGGGAGUGUCGGGAGAGUUAGUGUGUACAGUCCCUUUUCCAUCAAUGCCCACAAGGUUUUGGAAUGAUGAAGACGGAGCUAAAUAUCAUUCUGCAUAUUUUGACAAGUUCCCAGGCGUCUGGUCACACGGAGAUUAUAUUUAUAUUAAUCCCAAAACUAAGGGAUUCCUCAUGCUAGGCAGAUCAGACGGCACCCUGAACCCUAGUGGAGUAAGGUUUGGUUCUGCUGAAAUCUACAAUAUUGUUGAACAGUUUCCAGAGAUCAGUGAUAGCCUGUGUGUUGGGCAGCGUUCUCCUGAUGGUCUUGAAGAACGGGUUCUUCUGUUCCUCAAACUCCAGGUUCCACUAGGACCAGUGCUGGUUGAUAAACUUAGGAAAACUAUUAGAUCCCAACUCUCAGCCAGACAUGUUCCCGCCUUGAUUCUCCAGAUUGAAGAUAUUCCCUACACGAUAAACGGGAAGAAGGUGGAGCUUGCUGUAAAGAAGGUUCUAGCAGGACAAAAGGUGUCUAACCUUGGAGCUCUUGGGAACCCUGAAUCCUUAAAACUUUAUGAGAAUAUUCCAGAAACUAAACAGUGGUAGACCAGUACAAGUUGCACAGCAUAACUUUUAACCUGUACUUGGAAUGCACAAUUAAGAUGUUUAGCAAAUUUUGUAAACUGAAGGUAGAGGGUGACAGGGUUUGUGUAUAGUUUACAGAUAUCAUUAGCUUUUAAAUUGUCUGACAAAUUAUUAAAAUGUUGACUAGUAGACUAACAGCAGUCGAAAUCUUUGCCAGUUGUGAACAAAGUUUAUAAAAAAAGAUCUGGGGGAAAAUGAAAAAUUGAACAUCAAGAGGUUAUUUUUUCAAUAAUUUUUGAUGCUUCUAACCAAAAGAAAAAUUUUCUUACCUAAAUUUGUUUCCUAUGUUUUUUUCCCCUAAAAUUUAUUUAUUGUCUCCUAAAAAUCACCUCAAUUAUUCGAACAAACUCUUAAAAACAAAUUUCGGCUCUCCGCACAAACACUUUUGGGGGAAAUUUUUUUCAAAAUUGGGGUGGGGGAACUUUGAUGAAAUAUAAUUAUAUUGUGCAUUUAAUAGUUACUUAUUU